GUGAGUGGUAUUGCACUAAGGAAGCUUUGUGCAAGACUGAACUUCCUUUGCUAUACUCGAAUCCCUUGCAUUCAAGGGGGAACAUCCCCUGCUAUAAAUCACAUUUGGGUUCAACAUACAUAACAUUUUACUUAUUGCUAUUUCGUCUCUUCAUCUCUUAAGAAUAAGUGUUGUAAAAUUGAGAGCAAACUGGUGAUGGGGAAUAUAAAAAUGAGUGUCAUACAAAAGCUCUGUUUUCUACUCGCUAUUGUGUCCUUAGGAGCAGCAGAUGUGUACCCAAUUUAUCCCAAGAAUGAGCAAUCCCAGAUUUCCCCAUUAGUUGAACAAGACAUCCAAAGAAUUGGGAGGAGAUUACAAGCAGCUAAAAAGACUACUGUAUUUAAAGUGCAAGGCAAUGUUUUUCCAGAUGGGAUUUACUACAUGAGUGCACUAAUUGGUAAUCCCCCCAAGGAAUAUUAUCUGGAUAUAGACACUGGCAGUGACUUAACAUGGCUUCAGUGUGACGCCCCCUGCCGAAGGUGUGGCGAGACACCCCAUCAAUGGUACAAACCACAACCACACUCAGGGGUAUCAUGCGAACACCCUUUGUGUGAACCUGUGCAGAAAGCAAGUCGUGGAAACUAUGAAUGUAAGAGUUCUUCUGAGCAGUGUGAUUAUGAUAUUAGAUAUGCUGAUCGUGGGUUCUCGUUGGGAUUUCUUAUUAGGGACAGUUUCUGGGUAAGAUUCACCAAUGGCACCAUCAUCAGGACUGGUUCUGUAUUUGGGUGUGGAUAUUACCAAUAUGUGUCUUUUGAAGGGACACAAGCUACAAAUGGUGUUUUGGGUCUGAGUAGCGGUUUAGCAAGUCUUCCAUCUCAAUGGCAAAGGCAAGGCCUCAUCAAGAAUUUCAUAGGCAUCUGUAUUGAUGAAGGAGGGAAAAAAGGGGGAUAUAUGUUCUUUGGUGAUGAUCAUGUGCCUACCUCAUCCAUGACCUGGGUUCCUCUUAUAAAGCUUAUCAAAAUAUUAGAACUAAAUAUAUAUGACUAAAGCUCAUUAUCUAUUCCAAGGAUUAUUUUUUGUUCAAUAAACAUCCAUUAGAAAUCAUCUCUCACUCUGCCAGAAUGCUUUGACACUGUAGUUUUUCAGAUUCUUCUACCUUCAAAUUCUUUGGCUUCACAUUUUGUGACAUCUUAGCUGAUAGAGACUAGGAAUUGAAUUAGGCUAUUCUUAUCUAGAAUUAAUUAUGUGGUCAGAACUGAAUUCUUCAAAUAAGAUGUCUUAAUCAUUAUUUAGACCUUAAUCUUCAUGAUCUGGAUCAUUUGCUCGGUUUGUUUAGACUUUGGAAUGUUUACACUAUCUAGCUCCAAUCUGACC